AUGAUCAUGAUGGGCGGCGGCGGCGGCGGCGGCGGCGGCGGCGGUGGCGGUGGCGGUUGCGGGCGAGAUGCGGGGCGUCGGGUGCAGCCGCAUCGUGGCUUGCCAACGGUUUUUGAGGCGUCUCAAAACUCGCCAGCGGCCGGUCGGCUGUUUGCUGCGUUGGUGAUCGCCCUGCUCUGCACCGCGCCGAUCGCGCCGUGCGUUGCGGCAGCGUCAGGCUGCCCACAGCUGGAGCAGGUGCAUGUGCGCGCGGGCGGGCAUGGGUCUGCAGCAUCAGGCUGCUGCGGCGACGCCGCCACUCCCUGUGGGACAUUGGAGCAGGCUCUCUCAAUGUUACCCCCAACAGGCGGGGCCCUGCUUCUCUCCCCAGGCUCCCACCGCCUCCCCACUGCUGGUCUCUCCCUCGGUGCCCGAUCCAUCUCUCUCCUCGCCGCUCUCCCCUCCCCCCUUCCCAACCCUCCUCCUCCUUCUUCUCCUCCUCCUCCCCUCGGUCCCUCUCCUCCUUCUGUCCCCGCCGCCCCAAUUAUUGACUGUGGAGGGGGGGCUUGCCUUUCGGCCGUCUGUGAUCCAGCCACUGCCGUGGUACCAUGUGGCAGCGCGCGAUUGGUCCUCGCAGGAAUCACUGUGCGGAACGGCCGGGCAGGUGCGCCACGUGGCGGCUGCCUAUCUGUCGAGAACCAGCCCGUCCACGUCAGCAACGCGUCCUUCACCGGCUGCUCUGCGGCCAGUCACGGCGGGGCGAUCUCGGUCCUCAACGCGCCACGUGUCACGCUCUCGCGCGUCCACGUCAGCGCCUCAUCCGUCUCAACUCCUGCAGGAGGCGGCGGGGGUGUGGCGUUACGAAACGUGACUAUAGCGAGCGUGUCAGAAUGCUGGUUCGAGGGGUGUACGGCGAAGGCGGGUAUCGGGGGAGGUGUUUACUGCGAAGCCAGUGGGGUGGAGGUGCGGGGAGGGGGAUUCUCGCUCUGCUCGGCUGAUGCGAAUGGAGGGGGGCUGGCGACUAGCGGGUGCUCUGGGCGCAUUGAUGGCGUCAGCUUUUCUGAAAAUACGGUGGGUGGGGAUGGGUGGGGAUGGAUGGGUGGGGAUGGAUGGGUGGGGAUGGAUGGGUGGGGAUGGAUGGGUGGGGAUGGAUGGGUGGGGAUGGAUGGGUGGGGAUGGGUGGGUGGGGAUGGAUGGGUGGGGAUGGAUGGGUGGGGAUGGGUGGGUGGGGAUGGAUGGGUGGGGAUGGAUGGGUGGGGAUGGGUGGGUGGGGAUGGAUGGGUGGGGAUGGGUGGGUGGGGAUGGAUGGGGGAUGGGGGAUGGAUGGGUGGGGAUGGAUGGGUGGGGAUGGAUGGGUGGGGAUGGAUGGGUGGGGAUGGAUGGGUGGGGAUGGAUGGGUGGGGAUGGAUGGGUGGGGAUGGAUGGGUGGGGAUGGGUGGGUGGGGAUGGAUGGGUGGGGAUGGAUGGGUGGGGAUGGGUGGGUGGGGAUGGAUGGGUGGGGAUGGAUGGGUGGGGAUGGAUGGGUGGGGAUGGAUGGGCGGGGAUGGAUGGGCGGGGAUGGAUGGGUGGGGAUGGGUGGGUGGGGAUGGAUGGGCGGGGAUGGGUGGGUGGGGAUGGAUGGGCGGGGAUGGAUGGGCGGGGAUGGAUGGGUGGGGAUGGAUGGGUGGGGAUGGAUGGGCGGGGAUGGAUGGGCGGGGAUGGAUGGGUGGGGAUGGGUGGGUGGGGAUGGAUGGGUGGGGAUGGGUGGGUGGGGAUGGAUGGGCGGGGAUGGAUGGGCGGGGAUGGGUGGGUGGGGAUGGAUGGGCGGGGAUGGAUGGGCGGGGAUGGAUGGGCGGGGAUGGAUGGGUGGGGAUGGAUGGGUGGGGAUGGAUGGGUGGGGAUGGAUGGGUGGGGAUGGAUGGGCGGGGAUGGAUGGGCGGGGAUGGAUGGGCGGGGAUGGAUGGGUGGGGAUGGAUGGGUGGGGAUGGAUGGGUGGGGAUGGGUGGGCGGGGAUGGAUGGGCGGGGAUGGAUGGGCGGGGAUGGAUGGGUGGGGAUGGAUGGGCGGGGAUGGAUGGGCGGGGAUGGAUGGGCGGGGAUGGAUGGGUGGGGAUGGAUGGGUGGGGAUGGAUGGGUGGGGAUGGAUGGGUGGGGAUGGAUGGGUGGGGAUGGAUGGGUGGGGAUGGAUGGGUGGGGAUGGAUGGGCGGGGAUGGAUGGGUGGGGAUGGAUGGGUGGGGAUGGAUGGGUGGGGAUGGAUGGGUGGGGAUGGAUGGGUGGGGAUGGAUGGGCGGGGAUGGAUGGGCGGGGAUGGAUGGGCGGGGAUGGGUGGGUGGGGAUGGAUGGGCGGGGAUGGAUGGGCGGGGAUGGAUGGGCGGGGAUGGAUGGGCGGGGAUGGAUGGGCGGGGAUGGAUGGGCGGGGAUGGAUGGGCGGGGAUGGAUGGGCGGGGAUGGAUGGGCGGGGAUGGAUGGGCGGGGAUGGAUGGGCGGGGAUGGAUGGGCGGGGAUGGAUGGGCGGGGAUGGAUGGGCGGGGAUGGAUGGGUGGGGAUGGGUGGGUGGGGAUGGAUGGGCGGGGAUGGAUGGGCGGGGAUGGAUGGGCGGGGAUGGAUGGGCGGGGAUGGAUGGGCGGGGAUGGAUGGGCGGGGAUGGGUGGGUGGGGAUGGAUGGGUGGGGAUGGAUGGGUGGGGAUGGAUGGGCGGGGAUGGAUGGGCGGGGAUGGGUGGGUGGGGAUGGAUGGGUGGGAUGGAUGGGUGGGGAUGGAUGGGUGGGGAUGGAUGGGUGGGGAUGGAUGGGUGGGGAUGGAUGGGUGGGGAUGGGUGGGUGGGGAUGGAUGGGCGGGGAUGGAUGGGCGGGGAUGGAUGGGCGGGGAUGGAUGGGCGGGGAUGGAUGGGCGGGGAUGGAUGGGCGGGGAUGGGUGGGUGGGGAUGGAUGGGUGGGGAUGGAUGGGUGGGGAUGGAUGGGUGGGGAUGGGUGGGUGGGGAUGGAUGGGCGGGGAUGGAUGGGCGGGGAUGGAUGGGCGGGGAUGGAUGGGUGGGGAUGGAUGGGUGGGGAUGGGUGGGUGGGGAUGGAUGGGUGGGGAUGGAUGGGUGGGGAUGGAUGGGUGGGGAUGGAUGGGUGGGGGGGAAGGAUGGGUGGGGAUGGAUGGGUGGGGAUGGGUGGGGGGGAAGGAUGGGUGGGGAUGGAUGGGUGGGGAUGGAUGGGUGGGGAUGGAUGGGUGGGGAUGGAUGGUGGGGAUGGAUGGGUGGGGAUGGAUGGGUGGGGAUGGAUGGGUGGGGAUGGAUGGGUGGGGAUGGAUGGGUGGGGAUGGGUGGGUGGGGAUGGAUGGGUGGGGAUGGAUGGGUGGGGAUGGGUGGGUGGGGAUGGAUGGUCCCCCCCUCUCCAACUCCCUCCCUCCCUCCCUCCCUCCCUCCCUCCCUCCCUCCCUCCCUCCCUCCCUCCCUCCCUCCCUCCCUCCCUCCCUCCCUCCCUCCCUCCCUCCCUCCCUCCCUCGCUCCCUCCCUCUCUCUCACCCUCCCACCCUUCCUUUCUCUCCACCCCCAUCAGGCCACCAUCGGGGGCUGUAUGGCUGACACCUCAUCCCCCUCCCUCGCCGUUUCCCGCUGCUCCUUCCGCUCCUGCCUUGCCGCCAACCCACUAGCCGACCCCUACGCAACCUACAUGCGUGGCGCCGCCAUUCACGCCAACCACACAACCGCCCUCUCCGUCUCCCUCUCCUCCUUCCUCAACGGCUCUGGCUCCAUGGGAGGUGCGGGGAUCAUGGCUUUAAGAGUCGCCAACCUCACGGUUACCGCCUGCGCCUUUCGCGGUAACCAUGCGUCGGUCCCAAACGGCGGCGGAGGGGCGGCACUCGAAGGGCAGGACAGCAACGUAACCGUCCGGCACUCGCAGUUUCUCAACAACCUUUCCGAAUCCCCCAUGAUGGCCUUUGGAGGCGCGGUUUACCUCAUAGACUGCCCGAGUCUCUUCUCCAACUGCUCGUUUGUCGGGAACGAGGCGAGGCACAGCACGGAUGCGGCGACAGGUCAGGGAGGGGCGCUGCUGCAUUCGUGGGGGAUGAUAAAGGACCCGGCGUGGAUAGAGGUGGAGGACUGUUUGUUUGAGGGGAAUACUGCGCUGUUCGCAGGCGGGGCGAGCUUUGAGAGCGGGGCGAUUGUUCGGCGGACGAAGUUCCUCCGCAACUCGGCGUCUUUCCGCCUCGCCGGUGCUGCGAUGUUCAUACGUGAGGCAACCAUUGAAGACUGCGAGUUCAGUCAUAACACAGUGCUGCACAGCGGAGGGGCGAUUGCCGCUGGGGGCGUGGGCUUGACAAACAUCACCCGCACCACCUUUCUCAACAACACUGCUCUCUCAGCAGAGGGCGGGGCGAUCGUUGUGCAAGAGGGCACUGGAGGCACUGUGCUAGUGUCCCACUCGCUCUUUCUCAACAACACUGCUCUGCUCUCGAAAGGCGGAGCCAUCGCGUUCGCGGGCAACAUACUCGCUAUAGACAACUCCACUUUCGUUAACAACUCCGCUCUGGUGAAGGGUGGAGCGAUAUCAGUUGAAGGCGCCUCAGCAGCAGCAGCCAACGGCACCCUCUACCCUGUCACUGUCGCCCACUCGCACUUCCUCUCCAAUCGGGCCGAUCUGGGCGGAGGAGCAAUCUCCCUCUCCUCCCAAGCAGCACUCAGCGCACUCUACUGCUCCCUCCUCCACGGCCGCUCCGGCAGCGGCGGCGCCGUUCUGAUCGAGGACUUUGGACGGCUGAGAUUGCACCGCAGCGAGUGCGCCUGGAACCAGGCGCCGUCCGGGGGAGGCUGCAUCUCCUUGGGGGACUUCUCCACCGCUACAGUCACGUCGUCUAACAUCACGGGCAACAACGGCGGGAACGAGGGCGGAGCGCUGCGCAUGACGGGACAAACGGUCCUCUCGCUCUCCUCGUCUCUCCUCUCUAACAACUCCGCUCUAGACGGAGGGGCCCUGUGGGCGGAAAUGAACGCCCAGGUUCAGGUCUCCGGUUCGAAUCUUACCGGAAACACAGCGAAAGUGCAAGGCGGCGGGGUGUAUGCUAUCCACAAAUCCAACCUCUCUAUUUCCGACUCUCAGUUUGUGGCGAACCGGGCUUUGGUGGGCGGUGGAUUGCUAGCGGAAGGAGAGGUGGUGGUUUCAGUGACCGGGAAAUCGGGAUUCGAGCGGAAUGAGCAACACGGUGUGGUGCUGAUGGGGCAGACCAAGGCGAGGUUUCAAGACACGGGGUUUAGAGGGAACGGUGCGGGAGGGUCGAGGGACGGAGGGGCGGUUCAGGUGUCGGAUGUGGCUGUGGUGGUGCUGGUGGGAGGGGUGGUCAUGGAGAGGAAUUGGGCGAGAAGAGGCGGGGCGGUUUUUGCUGAUGCUGACAGCAGCCUGACUCUGUCGGAUGAUUUGUUGGGAGGUGCAGCAGCAGGGGGAGCAGUAGGAGGAGCAGCAGGGGCAGGAGCAGCAGGAGGAGGAGUGAAAAGAGCAGCAGGGGAAGGUUUAGCGGGAGGCGCGGAGGCAGCAGGGCCAUCCUCGUUACAAGCCCGGCUGCGGCCGCGGCUUAUAAGAAACCGCGCAGAACACCAGGGAGCAGGGAUUUUCGCAGGAGGCAACGCCACCAUAACCAUCGCAGGCGCCACAUUCACCAACAACAAGGCCGGCGAAUCGGGAGCAGGAAUGGCCGUUCUAGAACAGGCUCACGGCACCCUCACGGCGUGUGCUUUCAAGAGGAAUGUGGGCGGUGGGGAGGGUGCAGGGGUGUAUAUCAACCGGGGGGGAGCAGCGGGUGGGGAGGUGGGGGACGCUGGGGUUGGGUCGGUGGCUGUGAGUGAGUUUCUGCCCCCUGGGUCUGGGUCGGUGGACGGGACCAUCCAUGCGCUCGCCGUGCCUCCGCUGCCACCGCACCGACCCCAGGGACACCUUGGGCUCUCCUCCAACUUCCUUCAUGAUGUGGAUGAGGGGGGACAUGGCCAACCCCGUCCCAGGGCUGCACGUCACUCUGCUCGAUGCUGCUUCUUCACCCCUCUCUACUCCUCUCCACCGCUCUCCACCCCUCUCCUGUGUGCUGUGCGCUGUGCCUUCACCAGGUGGGAGGGCAGUGGCGAGCGGGACCCGGGGGGAGAAACACGGUACAGGGUGUGGGGGGACAUGGCCAACCCCGUCUCAGGGCUGCACGUCACGCUGCUCGACGCCGCCGGCCUCUUGGCGUCCAGUGAUGACUCGGUGCUGGUGGAGGUGGUGCCAAGCCCCUUCAUUGCGGGUGAGCUCAGAGCAACAGCAGUGGGCGGCACUGUCACUGUGCCGCCCAUCACCAUCGUCCAACUCCCACCCUCCCUCACUCCCUCCCUCACUCCUGCUCUUCCUACCGCUGACCCCACCGAUACCUCAACUGGCAACCCUACUGCUGCUUCUACUGGUGGCGAUCCCAUCGCUGCUGCUUCUUCUGCUGCUCCCACUGAUGCUCCCGGCGCGACAGCUGGCGUGCUGUCAUUGGCCGUGGCCGUCAGCAGCCCGCUGAACGCCCUGAUGAGAUGCACCAUCUGUCCCAUCGGCAGCUACUGCGGGCCUGGCAGGGGCGCGCAGCACUGCCCAGAUGGCACCUUCUCCUUCCGCCCAGGUGCCACCUCCCCCACUGACUGCCUCCCCUGUCCCAACACCACCAACGCCCGCACCCACCUCCCCGCUAUGACCUGCGCCGACGGCGUUGCUGACGUGGCGGCGGGGUACUGGCUGGAUCCGGGGAGUGUGGCGAACGGGCAGGUGGUGGUGUAUUCGUGUGAUGUUCUCAACGGGUGCCCCGGGUUCCAAGCUUCUACCCUCCAAAAUGGAAGCGAUUCUCAGCUUUACCCGAAUCCGGAUUCGGGCUCGGCGCAAGGCGGGGGUGUGGCGGCGGCGGUGUGCGGCGGAGGGGAGGGGGAGCAGUCGCGGUGCGGAGGGGUUGAGGGGGGUGUUGGGGAGUACGGGCAGUGCGGGGAGGGGUACGCCCAAGUGCGGCUGUGCUCUGAGUGGGCGCGCCAGCAGUGUGGGGAGGGGUAUGCCCAGGUGCGGCUGUGCUCUGAGUGUGCUUCCAGCUUCUACUCUCUGCUCAUGGAGUGCCACUCCUGCACCGCCACUCUCACCAAUCUCUUCCCACUCUUCCUCACGCUGAUUCUGCUCGCCUGGGCGGCCAUGGCACUGCUCUCCUCCGCCUCCGCCUUCCACGCUGCAGCCAUCCUCUUCCCACUCUUCCUCACGCCGAUUCUGCUCGCCUGGGCGGCCAUGGCACUGCUCUCCUCCGCCUCCGCCUUCCACGCUGCAGCCAUCGUCCUCACAGACCUGCACCUGCUCGCACUCAUUGCCUCUGCCCCCUCCCCUCCCACCCCCUACCACACAGCUCUUUCCACUCUUCCUCACGCUGAUUCUGCUCGCCUGGGCGGCCAUGGCACUGCUCUCCUCCGCCUCCGCCUUCCACGCUGCAGCCAUCGUCCUCACAGACCUGCACCUGCUCGCACUCAUUGCCUCUGCCCCCUCCCCCCCCCACCCCCUACCACACAGCUCUUCCCACUCUUCCUCACGCUGAUUCUGCUCGCCUGGGCGGCCAUGGCACUACUCUCAUCCGCCUUCCACGCACCACCCAUCCUCUUCCCGCUCUUCCUUAUUCUGAUCCUCCUAGCGUGGGCGGCCAUGGCACUACUCUCAUCCGCCUUCCACUCUGCAGCCAUCUUCCUCACGGACCUGCAGCUGCUCUCACUCAUUGCAUCCUACACCGUACCGCUCCCCACCUGGCUCAACCCCUUCAUUCAGCUCUUCCAGCUCUCACUCUUCAUCCCCGACCUGAUUGCACCUGCUUGCACCACACCCUUCGGCUACGAGCAGGAAUGGGCAGUCACCAUGCUCGUACCCCUUAUAGGCCUCCUCGUUUACGUCGCAAUUUUUGCCCUGCGCAAGCUCUACCUGUUUGUUUUCCGUAGCAAAAGCACCUCUACCGCUGCAGUUACCACCUCCACUUCCCCUCCUCCUCCUCCUCCUGCUGCUGCUGCUGCUGCUGCUGCUGCUCCCGCUGCUACUGCUAUUACCAGCAACAUAGGAGCAGAAGACACUGCUUCCCCCAACCACCCUCCAUCCCACCACACCCACUCUGACCCCUUUAAUUACACCCUAUUUCACGGGGUAACCAGCUGGUUAGACCUCUGCUACGCGCCAGUCAUUUACCGCUGCCUGCAAGCCCUCCACCCGUACUUCUACGGGAUACAGACGCUCGCCGCCGCCCCGACUAUCGUCUGGUUCUCCGCCGCCCACAACACCAUGUUUGCUUUGUCUGUAGUGGUGUUGAUGUUAUAUGGGGGGGGGUUACCUGUGGGGCAUGCCAUGGUGUUAUGGUGUGGGAGAGGGGGAUGGGGGCGGGAGCGGGGAGGAGAGGUGGGGAAAGGGGAGGGGAGGGGAGAGGAUGGAAGGAGACGGAGGCAGAAGGGAGAGGAGGGGAGGAGGGGGCUGUGGGAUGUGCAUGCAUACAAGAGGAGGUGGGGAUGGAUGGUGAACCGAUACGACGAUCACUAUUACUGGUGGCACCUCACGUGCUACACGCGGCGGCUGUUCAUAGCCUCCCUGGCAGUCUUCCCCUGCACGUCCCCCGAGACACAGCUCUCUGUCACGCUCCCUCUGCAAGCCAUCCACAUCGGCCUCCACUUCGCCGCCUCCCCGCACUCCUCGCUCUCCCUCGACCUCCUCUCCUCCCUCCUCGCUCUCUCUGAGCUUCUCUUUACGGUUGCUCUCACGGGGAAGAGCUAUGUGGUUGUGCCGGCGGCCGCUACGGGGCUGUUUGUGUGCGCGCUCGUGCUGCUGCUCGUGCCUGCGGCGUUGGUGUUGUUAUAUGAGAUGGUGAAUGGCACGGCGUGGACCCACCACCUGGCCAAGUCCCAGCUCUACGCCGUGCUCUCCCAAGCUCUCCUCGGUGCUGCUGUGGGCGACGUCACCGUCGCCCGCAUGCCCGCAGGGAAAAGCGACGCCCAGGUCCUGAGCUCUAGGAUUGCUAGCCACCACCACCAGCAGCAGCAGUCAAGUCAGCAGGAGCAUUCAACCCAGCAGCAGCAGCAGUUGUUGGGAGUGGCAGUGGGUGGUGGUAUGCCUGGCCUGGCAGGGAUGGCAGCAGGAAUGGAGCGGGGGGGCGUGGGGUCCACGAGCGGGCGUCGCAGCAACAUCAGUGUUCUUGUGCGGAGCCUGUCAAAGCGAGAGGGCAUUGCGGGUGGCUCUGCUACUGACCUUCUCUCCUCCAUGUCCCGGAGCAGUUCCCGCCACGAGGUGUAUUUUGAGGCGCCUCACUCCUCCAUGUCCCGGAGCAGUUCCCGCCACGAACUGCCCGGAGCAGGAGCAGGAGGGGGAGGAGGAGGAGGUGUGUCCCGUAGCAGUUCCCGCCACGAACUGCCCGGAGCAGGAGCAGGAGGGGGAGGAGGAGGAGGUGUGUCCCGGAGCGCUGACCUUCUCUCCUUUUCCAUGUCCCGUAGCAGUUCCCGCCACGAACUGCCCGGAGCAGGAGCAACAGCAGCAGCAGCAGCAGCAGCAGCAGGAGCAGCAGGAGUGACAGCAGGAGUGACAGCAGGAGCGGCAGGUGUGGGAACAACAGGCAUAGCCGAAGCUGCAGGGGGGGCUAUGAUUAUCGGCAGCAGGGGUGGGUCGAUUGUGAGGAGCGGGUCCAGCUCACAGGACGUACCACCACCUGCAGCAGCAGAGGCAUCAGCAUGGGCGUCAGCCAUAGGCGCGUACAGCCUCGCUAGAAGCAGCUCCCGCCGCGAAAUCGUCCCCGACUCGCCGCGCGCCCCUGUUUCCAUGGGAAACCCGGGCCUGUUUUCUCGAAGCAGCUCGCGCCGCGAGAUCGUCCCCGACUCACCCCGGCCUGUAGCAGGGGGACUAGGAGCGGUGCUAGCAGCAGGAGUACCGGGAACGCCUGUGACCCGGCCCGGGAUAUCUCGCAGAGAGAUCGUACCCGACUCACCUCUGACCUUCUCCAGGAGUGCUUCUCGCCGCGCUGCUCCCGCAGACUCCCCUGCUUCUUCCGGCCUCUCCCCCUCCCCUUCUGCUGCCGCCUUGACCGGCUUGCCUGGCCCUGGCAGCCUGGGCGGCUUUUCCUUGUCCCGUAGCGGCUCCCGCCGUGACCUCUCAGGAGAAUUCUCAGGUGUUUUGCCGGUCGUGCGGCAGUCCAUGUCGCGAAGCUCGUCGCGGCGGGAGAUCGUGGCGGAGAUCGAAGGGGAGCUGGCAGCGGCGGGGCUACCAGGGUCGCUUUCCCGCUCCCUCUCCCGGUCGCUGUCUAGGAGUUCCGGCCCGCAUACUCCCACCAGCACAGCACCCAAUGAUACCAGCAGCGGUGCGCUGUGUAAUGCAGCACCGCACAGCACACCACCGCAGAGCACACCACCGCACAGCACAGCACCACAGAGCACACCACCGAACGGCACUCCACCGUCAUUCCCUGUAGGCUCAUCGCCACAGCCAGAGUCGGCACUAGGAGAAGCAGCAGCAGCUGCUGCAAGCACAGAACGAAUAGCAGCACCAGAAACUGCAGCAGCAGCAUCAGCAGCACAAGGAGGAGGAAGCGUAGGAGCAGGAGGAGCAGCAGCGGGAGGAGCAGGAGGAGGAGCAAGGGGAGGAGCAGGGAGCAGGGGAGGGGGAGGGGACGCGGAGUACCUAGAGGCGCGGCUGAGUGUUGCGGAGCUGACGCUCACGUUUCAGCGCCACCUGGCUAUUCUGGUGCGCGUGGAGGCACACCGCAGGGAGGACUCGCUCAGGCUUCUGCUGCGAUCGGAUGCCGUGCAGGACAUCAUUGCUUGGCUGACCUCUCCGCACUGUAAUGUGGAGGAUCAGCGGCUUGUGUUGGAGUUGGUCAGAUUGAUGAGGGAGGCAGCAGAAGCAGAAGCAGGAGGGCUGCAGUGGUACAAGGGGUUCCUUUGCUUCUUCCGCACACUAAGAAUAGGCAGGCAAUCCGGUGCGCAUAGUCCCCGGCCCCGCGCGCUUCCGCGGUCAGGAAGCGACGGCUUGCCAGAGCAGGUGUCCCGCGGCGCGCACGGGAUUCACGGGGUUUAUGGCGGUCACGGGGAUCGCCAUUCACAGCAGCAGCAGCGGCGCCUGGUGCCGGAGUUGAAUCGGCCCGGGACGGCGGGCGAGGCGAUGCCCCGCUCGUUCUCCUCCACGGACGCUGCUGACGUUGCAGCGGCGCGCGGCACUCCCGGGGAGUUCUCGAUGGACAUCCCGAACGUGCGACGGGCGAAUGCCGCGAGGCCCGCUGGCGGGUCGGAGGAGAUGCGCGCAGACGGUAACGGAGAGAUAACGGUUUCUGGUUACACGCCAUCCCAAGUCCGAUUUACGUCGGAAUACCCCCGCGCUCCCCCCAGCGUGAGCAGCAUUUGUUCGGAAUCCGACCACGCGCGGGUGCUCGUCUCCGCGCUCAUGGACGGGUCGAACGCGGAGAAGCGCGCGGCGCUGGCGGCGCUGCUAGAGCUGGCGGAAACGGAUGAGGGGAAGCUUAGCGUGGCCGCAGCGGGCGCGGUUCCGGUGCUGUCUGUCCUCCUCACUCUCCCCGACAGUCCCGGGGAGCCGACGAAACUAGCCGCCGCGCGCGUGCUGCUGCGCCUCGCGUGCUUAGACGAGAACCGAGUUGUGAUCGCUAAAGCGGGGUGCGUGCCGUCGUUUGUGUCGCUCCUGCGCACCGGGGGUGCAGAGGCGAGAGCGGUCGCGGCGCGGGUGCUGUGGAACUUAGCGGUGAACACGGAGAAUAAGGUUAUAAUUGCCGCGUCAGAGGCUGUCCCGUCGUUAGUCGCAAUUAUCCAAUCGGAUUCUGAGAGUGAAGCGAAGCAGGAGGCUGCAGAGGCUCUAGCGCAGCUCACGGCCAACAAUGUUAGGAAUCAGACGGCUGUAGCGGAAGCAGGGGGUGUCCCAGCUCUCGUGACUAUGCUGAAAGAAGGCUCGCCUCCCGAGCAGGAGAAAGCGGCGCUCGCUUUAGGCACACUCGCUGUGAAUCACGACGAGAACAAGCUGACUGUAGCGGGAGCAGGCGCGUGUCCCCUCCUCCUAGACCUGCUGUGUCAGAACGAUAAUCCCGAGGCGUCAAAGAAUGCCGCGUGGGCCCUCUACGUCCUGUCCUCUAACAAGGUAUCCGCGACUUACAUCCUCGCUAGUGGCGGACUCGUUGCAGUGAAAAGAGUGCAAGACGAAGGCCCGCCGGAGUCCCUGUACUGGGCUUCGCAUAUCUUGUCUCUUUUGGACCCGUCCUCUGGGCCUCCUGAGAAGCACCCAGCGCAUCGGCUGUCAGGGUUUGGGCCAGCGAAGGGGGGCAGAGAUGAUGAGGAGACUGCGACGCAUCAGCUGUCGGGGUUUGGGCUGGCGAAAGGGGGCAGGGAGGAGGAGGAGAUCAUGAUGAGUCAGCGGACGGAGGAGUGGCGGGCAACAAGGGAGAAAAUCGUGAAGGGGUGGUAG